CAUUAUCUGCAACAAUGCCGCCAAAGUUCGAUCCCUCACAGGUCGUCGAUGUAUACGUCCGCGUUACCGGCGGGGAGGUCGGCGCCGCCAGUUCCCUCGCCCCAAAGAUCGGUCCCCUGGGUCUCUCCCCAAAGAAGAUCGGAGAAGACAUCGCCAAGGAGACCGCCAAGGACUGGAAGGGUCUCCGUGUCACCGUCAAGCUCACCGUCCAGAACAGGCAAGCCAAGGUCUCGGUGGUGCCGUCGGCGGCUGCCCUGGUAAUCAAGGCCUUGAAGGAGCCCGAGCGCGAUCGCAAGAAGACCAAGAACAUCAAGCACAGCGGCAACAUCUCCCUCGAUGACGUCAUCGAGAUAGCCAAGGUUAUGAGGAACAGAUCCAUGGCCAAGGAGCUCGCCGGCACGGUGAAGGAGAUUCUCGGAACCUGCGUCUCGGUGGGCUGCACGGUCGACGGCAAGGACCCCAAGGAUUUGCAACAGGAGAUCGCCGACGGUGACGUCGAGAUCCCUCUCGAUUGAGCUGCUGCUCCAGUGAAGCUCUCUCUUUUACUUUAGCUGAAUUAAAUUUUUGUUUUGGAGUGUAUGCCAUUUCGGAUAAUUUGGGAUUAAUUUUGAGCACGUUGUUAAGAUCAUCAAUCACACUUUUUCAUGGUAAUUUAGAUGAGUUGCGGGAUUUCGAGUCCUGUUUCGUGCCGUUGUUUGCUUCA